AUGGCGCCACGACCAGAGUUCACUACCGAGCAGGUCCGCGGCAAAGCUCGCAAGGACUUGCUGUACCUCCUCGAAGGCGUUCGCGGCAAGAAAAACCUGGUCUUCGAUCGCAGCCUGGUAGGCCCCAUUGGGCUGAUUGUCAAGGUCGCCCAGCUUCAAGAAUACGGAGUUGACAAGUUCUUUGUCCUGGAAAAUAACAACGUCGACGCCAGCCAGCACAAUGUCGUCUUCAUCGCUCGAGGCGAAUGCGCUCGGCAGGCCGAUACCAUAGCGAAACAAAUCAAACGAGUACAACGCGAAAGCCAAACCACUCAUGAAUUUCAUGUUUGCUGGGUUCCCCGCCGCACCCUGGUUUCCGAUCAAAUAUUCGAAGAGGCUGGUGUCCUUGGCGACGUCAACGUUUCCGAAAUACCAAUCUCAUUCUUUCCUCUGGAGAAAGAUGUCCUGUCGCUCGAACUCGACGACGCCUUCCGAGACCUGUACCUCCAUAAAGACAUUACGUCCAAUUACUUACUGGCCAAAGCGCUCAUGGACAUUCAGCAUGUGCACGGUCUCUUUCCUAGAAUCAUAGGAAAGGGCGACAAUGCUAAGAAGGUGGCCGAUCUUUUGAUCCGGAUGCGUCAGGAAGCAUUGGCGGGCCAGGCUGGCGACGAGACGAGCCGCGCCAAGCUGACUCCAAGUACGACUAAUGACAGCGUCAUCAUUAUCGAUCGCGAAGUGGACUUCGUCACUCCACUUCUGACUCAGUUGACCUACGAGGGUUUAAUUGAUGAGCUGUUCGAAAUUCAACAUAACCAGACAAAGGCGGAUACCACAAUCGUGGGACCCGGGGCUCAGUCAUCGAACACAUCGCAGAAUCGAAAACGCAACGUCGUUCUGGACGGCAGCGACAAGCUGUACGGAGAACUUCGUGAUUCCAACUUUGCGGUUGUCGGAAAUCAGCUAAACAAAGUCGCCCGCCGACUGCAGCAGGUGCAGAGCGACUACGAAGCAAAGCACAAGACCAAGACCCUGGCGGAACUCAAGGACUUUGUCAGUCAGCUACCUGGGUACCAGCAAGAGCACCAGAGCGUUCGCCUUCACACAGGUCUUGCGGAAGAAAUUAUAAAGCAUACAAAAAGCGACCAGUUUGUCGGCCUACUAGAGGUCCAACAAAAUCUUGCUGCUGGAGCGGACCCGUCUUCUCAGUUGGACGGCAUUGAGGAGCUCAUAGCAAGAGAAGCACCGAUUCGUGAAACCUUGCGACUUCUUUGCGUCUACUCUUGCUUAUCCGGCGGCAUCAAGCCAAAGGAUUUUGAUCAGUUCAAACGCCUUGUUCUGCAAGGCUACGGUUACCAGCAUAUGCUCACGCUUAAUAACUUAGAAAAGCUGCAGCUCUUUCUCUCUCGCUCAUCCCCCCUAGCGGGAAUGAUACCCAUGACUGCUAGUGCUGGCACUGCUGGCACGAAAACAAACUACACAUACCUGCGAAAGCAACUCCGCCUUAUUGUUGACGAGGUCAAGGAGGAUGAUCCCAACGAUAUUGCAUACGUUUACAGCGGCUACGCCCCGCUAUCUGUCCGACUUGUGCAGUGCAUUAUACAGAAACCGUACCUGCAUUCCAUCAUCAAAGGUAAUAGCGCGGCAAAUGCCGGCACCAGCGCGACAGCCAGCGGAUCCCAAGGAUGGCACGGAUUUGACGAAGCUGUAAAGCACGUUCGGGGUGAAACCUUUUACGAAAUCCAAAAGGGGGAGGACAAAGCUGUAAAAGCACGUGCUCUGCUCUCCGGCAGCAGUAGCAAGCAGACAACCUUCGUGGUUUUUGUUGGAGGCGUAACAUUCACCGAAAUCGCCGCGCUACGAUUUAUUGCCAGGCAGGAAGAAGAGCGACGGAAUAUAGUCAUAUGUACCACAUCGAUAAUUAGCGGCAACAGGAUGAUGGACGCCGCGAUCGAAAAGGCAUCCUACGUCAAAGAAGAAGACGAGCCUACUUCUUCGCCUUGA